AUGCACUUGACGGCCCUCUCGGCCAUCGUCGCCGCCGUCGCCGUCGUCGGCCUCGUCAUCCGCAAGGUCCAGGAGCGCCUCCGCCAUGCUGCCAAGGCCAAGGCUCUCGGCUGCGAGCCCGCCAUCUGGGCGCCCAUGAUGGAGCCCAGCGGCGUCUGGUCGACCAUCCUCGGCGCCGUCGCCGCCCGCGAGAAGCGGCUUCCCGUGUGGAUUGCCGAGCAGUUUGACGCCAUGAGCGAGGCCGCGGGACGGCCUGUCGGCACCAUGAUGAUGAGGACGCCCUUCUUCCGGGACACCGUCUUCACCCUCGAUCCCCAGAACAUCCAGGCGAUGCUGGCCCUCAAGUUCAAGGACUUUGGCCUCGGGCCCAACCGGACCGAGAACUUCAAGCCCCUUCUCGGCAACGGCAUCUUUGCCGCCAACGGAAAGCAGUGGGAGCACUCGCGCGCCCUGCUGCGUCCGCAGUUCGUCCGCAGCCAGGUCAGCGACCUCGACCUCGAGGAGGACCAUGUCCGGGCCAUGAUGACCGUCCUCGAGCGCCACCUCGCCGCCGAUCGCUGGACCGACACCGUCGACCUCUCCGCCCUCUUCUUCCGCCUCACCCUCGACUCCGCCACCGAGUUUCUCUUCGGCGAGAGCGUCAACAGCCAGCUCGGCGAGCUCUCCGCCGCCGCCGCCGACGGCUCGUCGGGACCCGGCGGUUUCGCCGAGGCCUUUGAUCGCUCCCAGUCCAUCCUCGCCCAGGGGGCACGCCUCGGGAACAGCUACUGGCUCGUCCACACCCCCGAGCUGCACCGCAUGGUCAAGCGGGUCCACGACUUUGUCGAUUACUUUGUUCGAGUCGCCAUGAGCCGACCGCGCGACAAGGGCGCCUCCGCUGCCGACGACAAGGGCGCGAAAAGGGAAAAAUACGUCUUCCUGCACGCCCUCGCCGAGGACACGCGGGACCCGACGGAGCUGCGCUCCCAGCUCCUAAAUAUCCUGCUCGCCGGCCGCGACACCACCGCUUCGACCCUCGGCUGGUUCUUCUACACGCUGGCGACGCCCGAGCACGCGCCCGUCUACCACCGGCUGCGGCAGCUCAUCCUCGACGAGUUCGGCACCUACGACGACCCGCGCGACAUCACCUUUGAGCGCAUGAAGGGCUGCCAGUACUUGCAGUGGUGCAUCAGCGAGAUCCUGCGCCUCUACCCCAUCGUUUCCGUCAACGUCCGCACCGCCCAGGUCGACACGGCCCUCCCCGUCGGUGGUGGCCGCGACGGCCAGUCGCCCGUCUAUAUAAAAAAGGGCCACGACGUGGCCUAUUCGGUCCACAACAUGCAGCGACGAAAGGACCUGUGGGGACCCGACGCCGACCUCUUCAGGCCGGAGCGCUGGGAGAGCCGCCGACCGGGCUGGGACUACCUACCCUUCAACGGCGGGCCGCGCAUCUGCAUCGGUCAGCAGUUUGCCCUGACCGAGAUUGCCUACGUCGUCAUUCGCCUGAUGCAGCGCGUCGACGCCAUCGACCCCUCCAACAUGGGCCCUGUCAAGCACGGCUUGACCCUGACAAACUGUCCCGGAGACGGUGUGAAGGUGCGAUUGCAUUUUGCUUCAUAG